AUGAAAAUGAUUACUGUACUUCUUUUAAUUAUUAGUAUGACAAAUGCAGAAGGUAUUUAUUCUGAAGCAAAAAGUGAGGUAAAAAGAAUGAUGGCUGAAGCUAUAUUAAAUGAAAAACCAUGUAAUGCACCAAAACCAACACAAAACAAAACAGUAACAGAUAAAUUAAGUUCAGACAUUGACAUGAGAGUUCUUAACGAAAAAUUUAAAAACUUAAAAGUUAUUGUAGAAGCUGAAAAUCAAGCUACCUUAAGUAUGGUAUUAAAAAAGUAUCGUAAAUGUAAGUACCAUAAAGUUGUUGUUGAAGAAAGUGCUGUUGCUCCAUGUGAAUCAUUCCUUAAUAAUUAUAAAAAGAAUCAACCAAAAUGGAUUAAUAAAGUAGAUAAAGAAAUUCUUAAAAAGUGUCCUAAAGAUAUACAAUCAUUAAAUAGUACUCAAAAAGCUGAAAUAGUUGAUUCAUUAAUGAAAGAUAAUACUUUAUUACCCAAACAUUCAGUGAAAAAAAUCGUUGAAAAACUUUAA